AUCGCGGCCGGUCUCCUUAUAUUUCUAUUGAAAUUUUCAUAAAGGAAGUGAUACAAGUUUUUCGACUCUAAAGUGUCAUAGUGGUCAUAAAGUCAAUCGAAAAAUUAGAAGAGUCAGAAUGACUGAAGCAACGUCCUCUAAACAAACAGAACCACAGAACGAUCAGAGCGAUGACUCUAUGAAUAUUACAGCAAAUGAAGAUAGAGGUACCUCAGAACAAGCAGUGAACGAAGUACCAAUAGCUUCAACAAGUAAGGAUGGUACUCAGCCAGAUUCGACUUGUAAAAGUGAACCUCAGACUUCGUCAGGACGUGGCCCAUGCUAUCGUCAACUUUUCAAUGACACGAAUAAAGAUGGCAGCAACGAUCCAUAUGAUCUAUUAACAUUUUCAGACGACGACAUCACUGAUAAAGACGGGUCUGCUUCAUCGGAUAAUUCUGAAUCAAAUCAUGACGCUGAUUCUGACAAUGAUGAAGUUAAUACAGAUAUUGGUAAUGAAACUGUCAUGAAGAAGAACGUUGGGAUAAAUGUAAUGAAAGAAACUGAAAGUAAAAAACCACAGAAAAUGGUAAUUGACGAUAACAUCGAUUCUAGCGAUGAAGAAGAUUGCGUCCUAAGCAAGUUAGCUUCCAACGAUGGCGGUGAAACGAGUAAAACUAAAGAUGCAUCUAUCGUCCCAGAGGAAAAAAAACCAGACCUCAGUUCAAGUUAUGGAGACACAAAUUACAUCUUAAGCCAGGUAAAGACAACCAGUCAUUAUGGGGGUGAAUGUAGUAAAACCAAAAAUGAAUCCGAGAAAGAGGAAAACGAAAGUUCAAGCGACGAAGAUACAAAUGACAGUUCUAGCUCCGAACAGACAACUUACCAAAAAUCCAAUGAUGAAGGAACUGAGAACAUCUCAAGCCACGCAGAAUCCACUGAUGGUAACGAAUCUACUAAAACUGAAGUUGUACUCCCCACUUCAAGCAAUGAAGGGCAAGCUCAACCUAAACCGCCCCUUAGAAAUAAAGCAGAACGAAAACUGAACUAUACUGUCCCCUUCAAAAAAUUUAAAAAAUUUUAAUUAUCUUUCUAUUACUAUUAAUGUAUCGAUGUGGUGUAGAUAAAAUACAAGUUAAGUUAUUUUCCGUUGUGCAAUGUGUGUAAACAUAAUAUAGUAGAAACAUAAUUUGAUUCUCCUUGAAAUUACGUAGGAAGUUUAAUCAUUGUUCAGUGCACCAACGCGAUGUCGGCCGAAUUA